AUGCCCGUUAAUGAAGCGUACACUGACGUUGUGGAGCUGUGUGCAUUAUUGCAGUGUUUGGGGUUUAGUGUGAAAUCUUUAGACACCAGUGACCAUAACGUAAGUCAAGAUGGGGCCACCAAGACAGUCAUCAUCAAUUGUCAGUCUUCCGGUUUGCACGUGGUAUUGGAAAGUCCUGGAUUAUCCUGUUCAUGUCCUUCCACACACCAGAACAGCGGGGUGUGGCAGGUGUCUGGAGUCACCGGCGGGAAACAACUUGACAAGGAGUUCGGUUGCACUUUACUCGGUGCUCUGCCGAAAGCUCAUCGGGACAAGUUGACGCAAGAGCUGCGCGAGAUGAUACGGUGCAUCAAGCAACACAACGAGUCGGUGGACGUCGAUCAACAAAAAGCGAAGGAAAUCAACAAAUCAACCAGCAUGAUAGAACUGAACACUCCCGAGAAGAGGUUAAUUUAAUAUUUACAUUUAGGCUAGAAUUGCGCUGCAUCAUACUCUUUCUUGGCAUAGUAAAACAAUAAAUUUAUCCACCAAAGCUUAGGUGGUUAGUUAUGACGUCAUUUAAACAUUGCUAACUGGUACAACCAAUGGGUAAAACUCAUUAUGAGCUUAUCCGGUACUAUAACAUGUUUGUUAUGUUAAGAAUUUGGUACAACCAACCUUUAAAUUGAAUUACGUCAAUUAUUUACGGUCAGUUGUUUAAUGACGCCUUUAAGCUCUAACUAAUGAAAAUUUUACUCACAUUAUACGGGUGUAGAUAGUAAACGAAAAUAAAUACAUGUAAUGUUUUUUCUGGUAGUGUUUAAUAUACUAUUAAAAUCACACUUUUAUGCUAAUUAUAUUUAUAAUAUUGCUUAAAUAUAAAAAUAUCUAAUAUUUUAUGUUCGUUGUCACGUGACCGCAAACAGUGUCCCCCACCCCCUACGCUCCCCCUUAGUCCGCCACUGUACGAAAGUCUGAAAGUUUGCGUCUUGUAACACACUGCCCGCUGGAAACACGAGCGAAUUUCAAUAA